CGUUGCAACGUUUUGUCAAAGUGUUCCCGCAAACUCACGAAGACUUAUUUGACAAAUCAGUGAGUGAUCGCUACAUGCACUCAGGUGCAUUCUAAAACAUACGUGCAUUUCGAAAGACUUGUAUUUUGUACCGUAAACGUCGCAUUCCGCUACAAAAGAUCGAACCGACGAGAACCCGGUCAGAAUCUAUAGGAAAAAUUAAAAUGCAAACCUAUGUUAAAAUAAUUUCACGACCUCGUGAAUGAAAUAGAUAUAAAUUUAGCAGAAUUUUUCUCGUAUCGAGACGGAUCUUUUUUACCUCUUAUUAUCGUAGAUGCAAUUACCGCGGCAAAGAGAACAAAUUUUCACCUGUUGAAUACCAGAGUAUAUCAGGGGCAACACUCGGGAACUUUGCCUACUUCAUAAUCUGAGGUCGUGCAGGGGGUCGGAGGUGUUUGAUCAAUUUCUCGAUCCCAGUUACAGUAACGUUCGAUAAAUUUCAAGAUAAAUUCCGGUCAGAUGGAAAAUCAACUGGAAAGUCGCAACGAAGGGUGUGGAGACUGUAGUGUAGAUUAAGUCGCGAGUGAAGAAAUAAAAGAUUUUCGCACGAACUGACAAUCGAUAGACUUUAACUCCGAUAAAAAAAAAAAAAAAAAACAGGAGGAACGAUUUUACGGAAGUGUGUUCGAAAUACAAACGAUAUUAUACCAGUUCUGUAUACCUACCCUCGUUCUAAACGAUGGAAAAAAGCCUGGGACACGAAGCUCAAAUCCCUCUGAAUUCGGGUCAUCCACAAAUUCUAGGACCGAUCGACCAGAAUGGGAACGAAAAAUUUCCGCCAGGCAACAAACAAAAUUUCGAGAACAAAACAGUGACAUGGAAACAGCAAGGGUCCAAUUCCAGAGGGGUCUUUGCGCAGUGCCUUGUGACGGGAGCAGUUUUAAUACUGACGGUGGGAUGCGGUAUGCCGAUAGGAUUCAGCGCGAUACUUCUUCCGCAAUUGGCGGAAACGAAUGGAACGAUGCACGCGGACGAGGAACUCGGAUCAUGGAUCGCAUCGGUACACAGUCUAGCGACACCGUUCGGUGCCUUACUUUCCGGUCCUUUAAUGGACGCGAUUGGGAGGCGAGGAUCGCUCCAACUGUCCGUAAUUCCGUUGGCGGUAGGAUGGAUCAUUAUGGGCUUGGCACCAAGUAUAGCUGGGAUAAUAGCCGGCAGACUGGUAUCGGGAGUCGGCGUUGGUAUCGUCAUCGUACCUUCUCAGGUCCUGCUAGGUGAAAUAGCAGAUCCCAAGCUACGGGGCGCCCUUGUUGGUACCCCUUUCGCCGCCUACAGUGCCGGAAUUCUGUUGGUGUACGCCUUGGGGGCAAAAUUCAUAUGGAAAACGGUGGCGUUUUACGCUCUCGUACCCCUUGUACUCGGCAUCGUCGCUCUCAGCCUCUGUCCCGAGAGCCCGGUUUGGUUGGUGAGGCGACGAAGAACCGAAGCUGCUAAAAAAGCCCUCGCAUGGUUCCGCGGUUCCGACAUGAAGCAGGUGGAAGCGGAAAUGGCUCUUUUGGAAUCUAGAGCGCGAGUAGACAUCGCCCGUAUAUCGACUACCGUCACACUGCGAGAGCAGGUUUCUUCGGCUCUCUCGAAUAUCAAGAACCCGGGAGUUCUGAAACCCUUAGCUAUAAUAAACAUAUUCAAUGUUCUGCAAGUAUUAGCCGGUACCUACUUGAUCGUGUUUUACGCGGUGGAGUUCAUCAGCGGAAUCGGGAGUGAAGGGGUCGACCACUAUCUCAUAGCCGUGAUAACAGCGGUGGUUAGAUUCGUCUUUUGUCUGAUAAGUAGUAUCCUGUUGCUCCACACGGGGAGAAGAGCCUUGGGAAUUAUUUCCGGCCUCGGAACGGCUUUGACUUCUCUUGUCACGGCUGGAUACAUGCUGGCGAGAAAAGGAGAGCUCUCGACUGACAUGGAUCUCUACGUUAUGGGGACCUGUAUAAUACUGUACGUAUGCGCCAACACGGUGGGUCUCAUGUGUCUCCCGGGAAUCAUGGUGGGUGAGCUUUUGCCUCUACGAGCCCGAGGUAUAGGAGGCGGGUGCACGUUCUUCUUAUUUCACUUGACUUUGUUUGGAGUGACAAAGGUGUACCCGGAGGUGAAGGGUGCGGUGGGACUGACGGGAAUUUUCACGAUAUUCGGUGCGUCGGCACUUCUGGAAGCGGUUUUCGUCUACGUAGCUCUGCCGGAGACAAAGAGUCGCACUCUCGAAGAAAUCGAAGACUAUUUCCAGGAGGGAAACAUGCUGUGGGUUACGAGACAGAGAGAGCCAAAAAUAAACCCCGCGAAUGCCGCUUCAACGCAUAAAAGUUCUCCGUAAUUCUAGUUUUAAAUAUUUUCAAGGGAUUCUCACACAUCUGUAUUAUGUAAAUAGACGCGAUUGUAUUAUUAUUUUUUUUUUUUUCCAUUUGUUUAAAUGAUUGAUUAAUUUAUAGGUAGAAAAUUGUAAGAUAUUACGGUGCUGGGCAAAAAUAUAGACUCAACCAUAGAUUUGAACAUACUUACCAUGUAAUUAAAGUAAAAUAUUAACUUGUAAUAUGAAAACUGUAGGGUAAAACGUUCUCGUUAUUGAUUUAUAAUCACUUUUAUUUUGGGUAUUCUUAUUACGUAAUAAUUUUAAAGGGUUGUUUGUGUGACGGGUGUGAACUGUGACGCAAGUAAGACUUGGAUAUCUCAGAGGGUGGUUAAAACAUUCUCGAAAGAGGGAAUUGAAAAUUGUGGCAAGGAAAAACGAUCGGGGCGACCUUCUCGAUAUUCUUCUACCGUGAAACGAGCAGUUUUUCGACAACUUUCCAAAGCAGGAGUGUCAUCGUCAAGUCUGGUGCGCGAAUUCAACCCUGGUACGAUAUGGAUGAAACGAUAAUGGGGAGAGAAAAAAUGUGACGAUAUUUUUUUUUGAUUAAACAAUUACUUUUUUACCUA